CCGGGCUGAUCUGCAGGGAAAGGCAAGCCCCAGAGCGGAAGUAAAGGACACAAAUUCUUCAGGUUGGGCGGGCUUAUUUAACCCUGGCGGAAGCGGACACAGCAGGGCUGCGGCGCUACCGGCAGGAUGGAGCCUCAGCUUGGCUGUCAAGAGCUGCUGUACGUCUUCUCCUUUCUUGAAAUCAGAGACCUGCUGAGCGCCGCGCAAGUGAACAAGGUGUGGAAUGAGGUGUCAAUGACCAAUGACCUGUGGAGAAAGCUGAGUCUGAGGCGCUGGCCCCACUACAAAGCCUUCCCAGUGAUCGUGGGCACACAGACGUGGAAGCAGUACUAUUUCUGCCGGUCUGAGUUGGAGUCCCGCAUGGAAUCCGGGCGGCCAGAGGACUUCAUCUGCAAAGCUAUGUCUGGGCACACAGGCAAGAUAAAUCAGCUGGCCUACGUCUCCCCCCACGAGUACGGCUUUGAUGCUAGGACAAGGUCCGUGGUUUGCACUGUGUCUUCAGACUGUACUGUGCGUGCCUGGGAGCUGCAUGAGGGCACAGAGAUCUGGUGCAGUCCUGUGCAGCCUGCUCCUCUGGUGAAUUUGGUGGCCUUUCCUCAGCUGCAGCUGGUUGUCACAGUGGACAAACAAGGCUUGAUCAUGGGGUGGAAAGCAGAGACAGGGGCUCAGGUGGCCUCCUUCAGCUUACCGACCUACUGUUCUUCGAUGGAGGCCUGUGACCACCCAGAGGGGCCCUUCCUGCUGGCAGCCUGUGCUGAAGGGAACCUCUAUACUCUGACAGUACCUCAGCUGCAAGUGGUUUCCAAAGUGACCACAUUUCCUCAAACCUUUGUGAACCUCACAUGCUCACCUGACCGACAGUGGGUGUUUGUGUCUAUGUCUAAGUCUGAGUCUGAGUCUGAGUCUAUGUAUGCACAACACCCAGACCAAGGCCCAAAGGUGUUCUACACUCAGUCCUUGCUCCACCCAUCAGAAGAUGGACCUCCUGUCUCCACCACCUUGCCCCUCAAGCUGAGCUCCAGAGUCUGCUGGGCUCCUGAUGAGGCAGCCAGGCUGAUAGUGGUGCACCAAGAUGACGGGCAGCAUCACUGUCCGCUUAUCACCACCUUCGAGUUAAUGGCGGACAAGUCCAAGGACAGAGUGAGAAUCCUGGCACAACAGCUGGCCAGCUUCCCCUUGCGGACCAUGGUGCCUCCUAAGCUCAUGCAGGGCCAUGGCUCCCAGCUGAUCCUGCUGACCUUCAACUCAGGGCAGCUGCUGCUGUUGACGAUACACGGCAUGCAGCUGAUGCAAUUUGAGGACCACCGGAGUUCCAUUACAUCUAUGUGGGUGGAUCUGAACUGGGUCAUCACCUCUGCAUCAGACCUGUCCUUGCGUGUCUAUGUGUGGAAUAAGAAGAACACAUCUCCUGUCCUCAAGAGCUGCUAUCACUUGCUUGGAGGAUCUCACAGAUGGGCCAGUGGAUUUACCCACGUGAAAAGUGACAGCGUGAGCAUCACUGCGGUGGAAGCCAGGCACACCGGCACAAGUAUUCUCAGGUCGUAUUGCUACAAAGUUCAGCUCAGCUAAGCUCUGCCAGUUGAAGAGGCUCUUGCUUUGUGUGCACACAGACUCCUUACCAAAGAUUUGUUUGUCAAAGCUAGGGAAA